UACCGUGGUGGUGGCCAUAAACGCUUAUACCGUUUGAUAGAUUUCGUACGGGCUCCACUCCUUGAAAAUGCCAGCAAAUCCACUCGUGUCACCGAAGAUGUAAUAAAAAGUAAAGUCUUAGCUAUUGAGUAUGACCCUAAUAGAUCUGCUCGAAUUGCAUUAAUUGCAGACACGAAGAGAAAGUACAUACUUGCUCCAAUUGGUUUGCAGGCUGGAGAUGUUAUUACUGCAUCUCGAGGUCGUCCGGCCAGCUUAGCUGAUAUUCAACGUGGCGAUUGUUACCCAUUGCAACAUUUACCUAUUGGUACAAUUGUGCAUAAUAUUGAAUUAACCCCUGGUAAAGGUGGUCAAUUGGUUCGUUCUGCAGGGACUUCUGCACAAAUUAUAAGAAAGGAAUCCGGUGAAGUAAGACGCUUGAAUGCCCAUGGAACUUAUGUUACUAGAUCUGGAAAGGUUGUUGUUUUGCGUAUGCCUUCAGGAACGAAUGUACCUAUCAAUGCUUUUUGCAUGGGUACCGUUGGUAGACUUUCGAAUGAGAAUCAUAAACAUCGAAUUCUUGGCAAAGCUGGUAGAGCCAGAUGGUUAGGCCGGAGACCGAGGAUGAAGAAAAAGUUCGUUGUCAAAGUUCGCUAG